AGGUACACUGUCAACUUCUUAUUAAUCACCACCCAACUGGGAUUCUGCAGCGUUUAUUUUAUGUUUAUGGCAGACAACUUACAACAGAUGGUGGAAGAAGCCCACAUGACCUCCAACAACUGCCAACCCAGGAAGAUCCUGGUGCUGACCCCCAUCCUGAACAUCCGCUUUUACAUGCUGACAAUCCUGCCCUUCCUGGUCCUGUUGGUGUUUAUCCAGAACCUCAGGAUGCUGUCCAUCUUUUCAACGCUGGCCAACGUCACCACCCUGGGAAGCAUGGCUCUGAUCUUUGAGUAUAUCGUACAGGAGAUUCCAGAUCCCAGCAGCCUCCCCUUGAUGGCAAGCUGGAAGACCUUCUUGCUGUUCUUUGGUACAGCCAUCUUCACAUUUGAAGGCGUUGGUAUGGUUCUGCCUCUCAAAAAUCAGAUGAAGCAUCCACAACAGUUUUCUUUUGUUCUGUACUUGGGGAUGUCCCUUGUCAUCAUCCUCUACAUCUGCCUGGGAACACUGGGCUACAUGAAGUUUGGGUCCAACACCCAGGCCAGCAUCACCCUCAACUUGCCCAAUUGCUGGCUGUACCAGUCGGUCAAGCUGAUGUACUCCAUCGGCAUCUUCUUCACCUACGCCCUCCAGUUCCACGUCCCAGCCGAGAUCAUCAUCCCCUUCGUCAUCUCCCAGGGGUCAGAGAGCUGGACACUGUUUAUAGACCUGUCUGUCCGCACAGCCUUGGUCUGUCUGACUUGUGUCUCAGCCAUCCUCAUCCCCCGCCUGGACCUGGUCAUCUCCUUUGUGGGCUCCGUGAGCAGCAGUGCCCUGGCCCUCAUCAUCCCACCCCUCCUGGAGCUCAUCACCUUUUAUGCUGAAGACAUGAGCUAUGUCACCGUUGCAAAGGACAUCAUGAUCAGUAUCCUGGGCCUUUUGGGGUGUGUAUUUGGAACAUACCAAGCCCUCUAUGAGUUGAUCCAACCCAUCAACCAUUCCAUAGCCAACUCCACAGGUGUCUAUGCGUAAUUAUCUAUUUUUAUUCUAAUAGCUCUCCCUUCCUCCCAUCCCCAACUUGACUGCCAUUGUGGAUGUUAUAUACAUUCAUCAAACCCCAACAUCUCUAUAUUAAUUAGCGGCUUCUUUAUCUUCCCAAGAGAAAUGUACAUGACACAAGUCAGUACUCAUACCUCUCAGACUAUGCCUUUUUUGGUUUUGGAUUUCUUCGGAGGUCUUUUGUACCUAUGAACCAAAACCACAUUCAACUAUUUGUACCAUCAGCCUCAUUUACUGGGAAAAGGGAUGCCAUUUGCCCAUGAUAUCCCUGGAAACAGACCAAGCAUAAAUGUAAAUGUAAAAGCAAUUUUUUUCUCUAUUCUACAGUUGCUUCUCUUAAAGCAUAGGAUUUAGAGAAGUAUAUGUUGGGCAAGUGAGGUUUUCUAUUCGAAUAUUCUUCUAAGUGGAAGAGUCACAGAAAGAACAAAAACAGAACUUAGCAGUAAUUUUAUCCAACCAUUUGGCUCUGCCACUAAUUUCCUAUGGGAUCUUGGGCAAGUUCUUCCCUCUCUCUGUCUCAGUUUUCCCAUCUAUGAAAUGAGGGACUGGAAGAAUUGGUUUGUUAAGGAUUCAUCUAGAUCUAACAUUCUGAAAGUGAAUUA